AGACCACACAACUCCUUCAUAAAAAGCCCUCUCUCUUCCCAUCACCAAACCAUCAGAAAAUAUGAGAAACGAAAUUCAAAACGAAACAGCUCAGACUGAUCAGACCCAGGGAAGUAUGUUUUCUUUUUUCAAUUUGUUCCCUUUCCUCCUCCCAAUGUUUGAGGUUAUCAAGAUGGUUGUUGCUUCCGUUGCGUCCGUAGUAUAUUUAGGCUUCGCCGGUGUAACACUCAGUGGUUCAGCCGUGGCAUUAGCCGUAUCCACCCCUCUUUUCAUCAUAUUCAGUCCGAUUCUCUUACCUGCUAUUGCAGCCACUACUGUCCUAGCCGCCGGGCUCGGAGGUAAAAAAGUGGCGGCGGCUCCGGAAGCUUCUCCGGCAGCUUCGCCAUCCCUAUCUCUGUUGGGCAUACCGGAGAGCAUUAAACCAAGUAAUAUUAUACCGGAGAGUAUUAAACCAAGUAAUAUUAUACCGGAGGGUAUUAAACCAAGUAAUAUUAAGGACAAAAUUAAGGAUACGAUAGGCAAAGUUAAGAAUAAGAUCAAAGCUAAAAAGGAAGAAAAAUCCAAAGGUAAAAGUGAAGAUUCUUCCAAGGGUAAAGGUAAAUCAAAGGGUGAAGAUACGACUACGGAUGACGAUACGACUACGGAUGAAGACAAACACGGAAAGGGAGAGAGUAAACACGGAAAAGGUGAGAGUACACACGGAAAGGGAGGUAAACAUGGAAGUGAAGGUAAGCAUGGAAGUGGAGGUUCGUCUAUGGGUGGAGGUAAACACGGAAGCGGAGGUAAACAUGAAACUGGAGGUAAACACGGAAGCGGAGGUAAACAUGAAAGUGGAGGUUCGCCUAUGGGUGGAGGUAAACAUGGAAGUGAAGGUAAGCAUGGAAGUGGAGGUGCGUCUAUGGGUGGAGGUAAACACGGAAGCGGAGGUAAACAUGAAAGUGGAGGUUCGGCUAUGGGUGGAGGUAAGCACGGAAGUGGAGGCAAACACGGAAGUGAAGGUAAACACGGGGGUGAAGGCUCUUCUAUGGGUAAAAAUAGUCUAUCCAAGAAGAAAAAGGAAUUCCAUUAUAGAGGUCAAGCUAUGGAUGCAAGUAGUACAAGUGAAAGUUCAGAUGGAAGUUCAGAUGGCAGCAGUUCAGAUGGAAGUUCACAUGGGAGUGGUGGUAAACACAUAUGAGUAAAAGUAAAUUCAUGGAAGAAUAAAAGACAUUGGUGGACCUAUUCCAAUGUUUAGCAUAUGAUGUCUAUUAUAGUUAUGAAUUGUAUGGCAUUAUAAG